AUGGAAGUGCGAAGAAUGCUAGAAGACACCAAUCAAAGGCAUGCUCAAAUUGAGAGAAUGACGAAAGAAGCAGCAAUCCGACAUAAUCAAAUGAAUCCUGACGGUCAAAUAUUAUCUGGGAGAGAUAACGGAGGAACUAAUCCAUCCGUACCUAUCCAACCACCUAUUCCUGCUCCCAUUCCACCACCACCUCUUCCAACAGAACAGCCACAACAAGUCAUUAUUCGAACAGCUCCACCACCAACUAUCGAGGAUGAUCGAACGUUUUUAGCGAAAAUGUCAGAACAAGAAGCUCUUGUGAAUCAAUUAAAUUCAAUUGCCACCAGAGAAGCAGUCGCUAGAAAUGGUUUAUUGGUUAUGGAAGGUGCACUUCUAAACGCCCUCCGACCGAUCACAAUGCCAUUCCUAGGAGGACAGUCUAUUCCUGGACAUUUCGUUCCUUUCCAAAGAAUGCAAAGGCCAAUCGAACAGUCUCCUGUUGAUAACAACAUUGAAGUGCAAGCAAGACCACCUGCUCAGCAACUUCCGAUGAGAGCCAAGAACUUGGAGACGUAUGAAUUUCAAAUGGAUGACGAAUUGGCUGAAAUGAUUAUAAGAAAUGAAACAAGACAAGCUAAUUAA